AAACAGGGUGCCUCGCCGCUGCCAUCGAGGUUGACACUGAGAAUCCUGCGCAGCCGUCGCGACGGUGUAGCUCACAGCAAUGCGCAGUUUCCUAUCGUUAGCCGCCGUAGCAACCGCGCUCGUCGCGCCGCCUCGCGCAGCCACGCGCCACUCGGCGCUGCGCGCCAAGAAGAAGGUCUUCAUCGACGGCGAGGCCGGCACGACGGGCCUCCAGGUGCUCGACCGCCUGAGCACGCACCCGGGGAUCGAGAUCGUGUCCAUCGACCCGGCCGCGCGCAAGGACGCGGCCGCGCGCAAGGCGGCGAUCAACGGCGCGGACGCCGUCGUGCUCUGCCUGCCCGACGACGCGGCCGUCGAGGCCGUGUCGCUCGUCGACGACGGCAACGACGUCAAGAUCGUCGACGCCUCCACCGCGCACCGCACGGACCCGGCCUGGGAGUACGGCUUCCCCGAGCUCGACGCGGCGCAGCGCGGCCGCAUCGCCGCGUCGUGCCGCUGCGCGAACCCCGGGUGCUACCCGACGGGCUUCAUCGCGCUGACGCGGCCCUUGGUCGACGCCGGCCUCCUCAAACCGGCGGCGCGCCUCGCCUGCAGCGCCGUCUCCGGCUACAGCGGCGGCGGCAAGCAGCUCGCGGAGAUCUACGAGUCGGACGACCACGAGCCCUGGGGCGCCUACGGCUUCAACCUCGACCACAAGCACCUGCCGGAGAUGGCCUUCCACGGCAAGCUCGACGCGCCGCCCAUCUUUCUGCCCGCGGUUGGGAACUUCAAGCAGGGCAUGGUCGUCUCCGUGCCGGUGUACCACGCGGACCUGACGACGACGUCCGCGGAGGCCGUCCACGCGGCGCUCGAGGCGCACUACGCCGGGUCGACCUUUGUCACGGUCAUGCCCUUCGGGCUGGCGGGCGCCGUCGACGCGGACCUCCUCGCCCGCGGCGCGUUCCUCGAGCCCACGGCGCUCAACGGCAGCAACGGCCUCGAGCUCUUCGUCUUCGGUAACGACGCCAAGGGCACGAUGGUCCUCGUCGCGCGCCUCGACAACCUCGGCAAGGGCGCGUCGGGCGCCGCGGUCCAGAACCUCAACAUCAUGCUCGGCCUCGACGAGUCCCUCGGCCUCCAGCUCUAAGACGGCUCGGAGUU